AUGUUUGCAAACAAGACUGCCUUCCUUAGCGCCGCCACGGCCAUCGCUUUCGGCGUGUUUGCCGCUGCAUCGCCUAUCGCCCCGUCCGCAGCAGCAUCCCUCGCAACAUCUACCAAUCUACUCGUCGAACGUCAGUCGACGAGACAUCGCCUCCAUAUCCAGCUGGCCGCCAUUCAAGGCGACAUCGACUUUGUCUAUAGCCCUCAGGCUGGAAAAUUCACUCAGAUCGUGCCGACCCAGUUCCUUCACCCUUCAAUCUCCGAGACCAACUCUGAAUAUCUGGUUGUAUCGUUCAUGGCUCACGUCGAGCACAUUGUUCACGCAACCUUCCGCUUCAACCUGCGUGGCACUGAGGCCUACGACUUUAACAUUGAGAGCGGCACUUUCGGUGACGGCCCGCUCAAUGUGUCGGAUGUCUAUAUCGAGUGGGAUGGCACACCGAUCCGUUAUUCGCCUACUAUGCCCUAG